GUGACGUCACAGCACUCUGCCGCCCUACUGGCCGCUUACGCUGCGUAAGCUACGAUGGAGAUUCUGCGUAAGCGUAAGUGCUGCGGAAAACCCCUGGAGGGGGUCUGUGGAGCCCUGAUGGAGAGUGAUCACGGAGUGGAGAGAGCUACACUUCACAUCCAGGAGGGCUGGUGGCACAACUGUUCGUACCUGAACUGUCGAACACAUUUCUGCUCCCUCUUUAAAUCUGAAUUCAUUCAGAAACUUUUCGAUGGCUUCCAGACACGCUUGGCUACGUUCGAACUGACUCUUUGCCUUCAGGUUCCAGUUGAAAGCUUAAUAUCAGCGCCCUAAACGGAGGGAUGACCCGCUGUAGUGACAAUGAUGAGCAGAGCGACGAUGAAGCAGAAAAACCCAACAAGAACCAGAAGAAGAGAAGUAAAGGAGAGAAGCAUGUGUCUUUCCCCCCUGAUGAAAAGAUAGUGUCCGGCUUCGCUGAGCACAUGAACACUGACAGAAAGGUUGACAGCUGCAUCACCUUGACAGAGGUAAUGGUGGCCUACCAGCAGAGCUGCAGCAGACAUCAGGUCCAACCCAGGGAGCACAUCCUGCAACAGCUUCAGCAGGGUGUGUGUGUAGGUGGCAGUGUGAAAUGUCUGGAUCUCAAAGGUGAGCGAUUAGACCACCGCUCCUGUGAAGCUCUGGAAGUCAUCCUGAAAUCGCUGCACUUUGAUUUCAUCAAUCUGCAGGCAGCCCAACUGGAAGAAAAUGGAGCAGCGUCCUUGCUGGAUAUGAUUUUGUACUAUGAAUCUACAACCCAUCUUGACAUUUCUGACAACAGCAGUAUGGGAACAUCGUGUUGGAGGGCCCUCGCUCAUUUGAUAAAGCAGAGUGUGCGUCUGUCCAGGCUUGAUGUGUGUAAUGUGCCUGUGGUCGACUACCCGGCACAGUCUCUAUCUAGAGCUUUGCUGACCAGCCGGCUGACAGUGCUACACCUUCACAACGCCCAGCUCAGUGGCAUGCCACUAUACACACUGGUUGGAGCACUGAAGUCGAACAAGACUUUGCAAGAGCUCCACUUGACCAACAACCUGCUGAACAGCUACCAGGAUGCCCUGCAGCUAGGAGACCUGCUACGCUACAACACAACUUUACUGACAAUGGAGCUCAGCAACAACUCUGUCGCAGAUGCCGGUUUGGAGGAGCUGUGUGAUGGUCUGAGUCAGCAGACAGCAGGUCUGAAGGUCUUACUACUGAGGAACAACCAGAUCACUGCAACUGGCAUGGUCCAUCUGGCCAAGGCUCUGCCAGAGCUGAAGGUCCUGCAGGUCCUGGAUCUAGGUGAGAACCUCCUGGGGAACGAGGGAGUCCAGGUCAUCAGGGAGCCUUUAAUGGUCAACUGCUCACUGCUGCAGCUCGGCCUGGCCCGGGCCAACAUCACCUGUGAAGGAGCUGUGGCACUGGCAGAGUUUCUUGCAGAGAGUCGGCAGAUUCAGCAGCUGGACCUCCGUCAGAAUGAGGUGAAGGUCGGAGGCCUGAUGGCCUUGUGUCUGGCACUGAGGAUCAACCGAUCUCUUGCUUGCCUGGAUUUAGAUCACAUCCUGCCACAAGAGCAGGAUGAGUUUCUGAUGGAGACUCAGACGAGAUUCCAGUCAGAGAUCCUCCAGCGCUGCCUCGCCAACGCCAGCCACUCCCGCCACGCCGCAGAAACCUCUGAGACGCUCCCCAGCGAGGCCGGCGGACAAGCUGACAGCAUGACUAGAGCCUGAGCACACACACACACACACACACACACACAGAGGGAGGGAGAAAAAAAAAGGCUAACCUUGUAGAGAUCACCUCAGAAACCACUCAUGGAUUCAUUCUCACAGACACCGUGUCCCAGUGUCCCAAACCCAAACAGCUGACUAACAGAUAUAUGCGAGUAAUAAUUCUAUCGCAAAUAAUGAUAACCAUAAAACUCCAAAUCCGGGUAAUAAAGGCAGACUUGAGCUCCCUAAUGAAACGCCUGCCUCCCCGCUGCUUCUUGCCUAAUGUUCCCGCCGAGCCGCUCACCACUUUCCAUAAAGCAAUUUUGCAAGCCCACUUCAAACGUGAAUCACCUAGAAAUGAACAGAACUGCCCUCCCCCAGCCCCACCCCCACCCCCACCCCUCUGAACUCCACCAACCCCUCCCCCUCCCUGCAGCACUUACACUGGGGCUGUGUGUGAAGGGGGGGGGAGUGAGUGUGCUGACAUUGGUAGCAGCUAAGUUCCAUCUACAUUAAUCAGCUGAGAAGCACCGGCAGGCGUUCAACAACAAUACAGCGUGAGACGACGGAGCACAGUGUGUGCAGCUUCAGUGAACAGGGCGUCACAGGUCUGCUGAAGGCUGUCCAUCUCAUCAACUACUGUGAACACAGAACACAAGUCUGAACUCUUCUUCGCUUCUUCAGCUCUGCAAAUUGAACCCUGGAGUACAACGACCCGACUCGAACCCCUCCGCACCCCCACAGGACCUGACGGGCCGGGCCGGGUUCAGACCACAAUGUCUGUUUUUGAGUCAUGUUUGAUAAUUAAGUUAACGUAUGUAAAUGACUAAGCUUACACACAUCUACGUCACCUAUGUCACAUGACGUGCGCUACAUCACUAACAUUAACGUUAUGAAAGUUAAAAGACUGAACGUCUUUUCACAAACCUAACCAAGCAGCUGUGGUGCCUGAACGUCACCAAACCACAACUGACCGUCACCCACACGUCCAAAAGUCUUAAUAUACAAAUCCACACAAAUUAUACUGUUUGUCAGCAAGUUCUGUUUUGAAAGUUAUUUAUCACAUAUUAUUGUUUAUUACUUGCUAACAUAUAACUUGUUAUUUGACCACGAGGCCACAUGCAGAACUGACACUAGAGGGAGGGCAGAGCGUCAGAUUUUAAUGUUUUCUUCACUGUAAUUUACAAGAAUAUUAAACCUCU